AUGAAGCCUAAAGAUGUAGCUGCAAAGACAUACUUACCAAUGUUCCAUAAUAUAAAGAUAAUGGGACCAGCUAAAUUCAAAAUUGGUGACUUUGUACGAAUAUCCAAGUAUAAAUCGGUGUUUUCAAAAGGCUACACUCCGAACUUUUCUACCGAAUUAUUCAAGGUGGUUAAAGUAAAAGUUGGCAAUCCCGUUACGUACUUAUUGGAGGAUUCAUUUGGUAAACCAAUAAUGAGACAAUUCUACGCUGAAGAAAUGCAGAAAACUGCUCAUCCGGAUAUAUUUCUUGUUGAGAAAGUGUUACGUCGUAAAGGAGACCAGCUCUACGUUCGAUGGCUUGGCAUGUAUAAAUCACAUGACUCGUGGAUUAAAAAAUCAGAUUUAGUAUAA